AUGACUGUUGAUGUUCAGAAAGCUGCCAGAGCUGCAGCUAUCUGCAGAUCUCUGAAGAUGGUUGAGGUUGAGGAUGGGUGGGAGCUCUGUUUCCCAGAACUUUACAAUUUCUCAUGCUGGAAGCUCCAUUAUACUUGGGCUGAAACAUUGUUCAUUGACACUGCACUGUACUCCAUCUCUGUGCUCACUGCCGUCCUCAACCUGUUUAUCAUCAUCUCAGUCUCCCACUUCAGGCAGCUCCACACACCCACCAACAUCCUCCUCCUCUCUCUGGCUGUCUCAGAUUUUCUUGUGGGCCUCCUGCUGAUGCCAGCAGACGCUGUAAAAAGAACACAUUGCUGGGUUUUUGGUGACCUUUUGUGUUCUCUUUAUAGGUUUGUGAUCAACAUCAUUCUCUCUGCCUCAGUCGUAAACAUGGUACUCAUAUCAGUUGACCGCUAUCUGGCUAUUUGUGACCCUCUGCAUUACACCACCAGAAUCACUGUACAUAGAGUUAAAGUCUGUGUUUGUCUCGUAUGGUUCUGUGCUGUUGCCUACAAUAGUUACUUCUUUAAACUGCAUCUUAUUCAACAAGAAGAAAACUUUCCUAUUUGCUAUGGAGAAUGUCCAGGUGGACAGGAUAACACUGGUGCUGAUCUUCAACUUGUUUUAAACUUUAUUGUUCCUGUUACUGCCAUUAUAGUUUUGUAUUCAAGAAUCUUUGUUGUGGCUGUGUCUCAAGCUCGUGCCAUGCGCUCUCACAUUACAGCUGUCACAAAGAAGAUUCCAGUGACUAAAACAGCAAAGAAAUCUGAGCUGAAAGCAGCCAGGACUCUUGGUGUUUUGGUAGUUGUGUUUCUUAUCUGUUUCAUGCCAACUUACUUUGCAAGGAUGGGAGGAAUUGAUUACAUGAGUUAUUCAACUAUGUUCUUUAUUCUGUAUCUGUACUAUUUCAACUCUUGUCUAAACCCUGUGAUUUAUGCCUUGUUUUACCCCUGGUUUAGAAAAGCAGUUAAACUCAUUGUUACUCUUCAGAUCCUGCAGCCUGGCUCCUGUGAGGCCAACAUACUGUAG